CUCGACUUAUCCAUCUGCUGCUCCCGCAGCCGCCCUCUGCCUCGACAUUCCAGGUACUAUUAUCUAUCCAAUGCGGGACAUGUUGUCCGGGUUCUGUCUGUUCGGCGCGGUUUAAUCACAUUAUGUGAGGCUGAUGUCCUCCAAGUCCUUCGCGAUAUGACCGUGAUUCUGCCAUCACAGUGAGAGCGCGACAUGUCGACAUCUAUCAUGCACGCCCCGCUGGGUGGCCGGGCAGACUCCCCCUCGAGCAAAUCGGCCCUGUCCCAGCAGAUCGAGCACGGCGAAGGUGAACGUACUCCGAAAUCCUCCUCCGUCUCAGUGAGAAGCUCACCCAAGCCGCGGUCGCUCUCUGAUGCUUCGAAACCAAUCCUCUCUCCAUCUCCGGCCUUUCGAGAGCCUCUCCGACGAGUCUCUAAGGAUGACUCGAGCAUUACCGGCCAGUCCGCCCCAUCAGCCUCACCUCGACCACCUUCCUUCCACAUCCGGGGUCUAUCCCUACAUGUCCCCUUGGCCGACACCCAGGACGGGCAGACGGGCUCAAAUAUUCCUCGGAUCCCGCUCUCGCCCAAGCUGGACAGUUCCCAGAUUUAUGGAUCGCCGUCAUCGAUGCUUCCAAGAAGGUCGAGGGGCCUAGAUUACACAAGAGCAUGCACAAACCUCCAUCACUCCACGUUGGCAGAGGCCUCGCCCGAUGCAUCACCCAUUACUGGACGAGGCAUUCAGAUCCCCUCUCGGAGAGGGUUUGCUAGCAAUGUGCUUGAUUCACCUAGCAAUCAAUCAUCAAAUGCUUUGUGGACGUCUUUGUCGAACGAAAAGACAAACUUGUCUAGUUCGGUCAGUAGCGUUAAUAUGCUGGGAUCAGACUCAGACUCAGACUCAGAUUCUUCUUCAGACAUGGCAAUUGACCGGGAGAUGGAUGAUGCCAUCCUUAAUACACCUGCAGCGUCCAGAAUUAAUGCGGGAUUGGUGCCCGGCCUCAUGAACAGCCCUGGGCUGGAAUGGAUGAACAACAACCAACCUUCCCCAGCGCAAGCCAGCUUGAUGACUUUCCAACCGAACCUGAUGAGCUUUAGGAGGGCUCGAACGCACAAAGGGAAGAGUCAACACAGCUCCAGUAGUGUCAGCAUGAAAAGCUCCAAACCCUCACCUGGCCCUCUGUCGCCUGGUAUCUUGAAAAGCGUGGAAAAUGCAGGAAGCGGUUAUUUUGGCACUGGAUUGACUAAACAACAAGUCCAGUCUCGACGUGAAAGUCUCAGUCUGGGCACGAACGAUCUGCACCUUUCGGACAGUGAAGAGGGCAGCAACAACAAACCUGCCGCGGGGCAAUCUGCCUCAGACAUGGACGGCGCAGGCAGCGAAGGCCCUAGAGGCGUCAUCCGCAGGGCUGUCACCCGCCGUGGCAACCUGUUCCCAAAAACAAAAGGCUUCGCCCGCAUUCGCGCCCAACUCAUCGAAGAGUCCGCGCCUAUCGAAAGCGAGGCUCGCCGUGAAGCAGAGGUUAUCCGGCAGGUGCACGAAAAUGACCCCACCGCCCCUCAAUCGACUUCUCCGAACCUCCAAGCCAACACCGGAGGCGCAACUGAGCCUGUCGAGGAUUCCAUCGAGGACAUGGCCAUGGAACCAGCAACUACCCUACCACUUGAUAGUUUCAGCCGGCAAGCCGAGAGGAACUCGGCCGGUUCGACUUUCUGGAACAAUUUUGAUGAGCGGUACAGAACCCCUCCACCAAGCAUGCUGCCGCGCGACAGUACUUCGGCCAUUAGUGACGAUGCCAUGGAUACGCCGGGCUCAGCUCUUGGGGACAAUCUUGCUCUCCGGAACUUCAACAGACGCUCUCGCUCCAGCACACCGCUCGCUUCGUACCCACCGACCGCAGGAGAUGUGGCACGACGGGUCAACAACAAGCGACGACGUGAGGAAGAUUUUGAUCCCAUCUACACUAAACGCCGGGCAGUCUCUCCUGGCAUGAGCGUGCAGAGCAGUCCGAUCCUAUCGCAGAGUCCUGUUUUCAACAGCGACAAGGUUUGGGCCAAACUCCCGCCCAAAGCGAACGGGCAUGGUCUGAACGGUCAUGGUCAUGGUCAUGGCGAUCGUAGUAACAGUGGGGGAAGUAUGAAUGGAACCAAGAAGGUCGGCCUCCAAGGCAUGAAUGAAACCAAUGAAGGUUUGAUGAGCAUGACCAUCGAUUAACAUGCGGAUGAGGACGGCCGAGUUACAUUUUGAUUUCACAGAGCACUACUAGCAAGGCGUUUACGGGUUUCGGAGGAUGGGCAGAAACUGGGACUUCAGGGGAUUCUUUAGGGAUACUUGGUAAUCUCUUAGUGUUUGUUAACCCAGUUAUUCAUAAAUCAUGCAGUGCUGCGAAGUGGCUCCAAUGCCAUGCAGUGCAAUGCAGUGGUGAACACACGAACUUGGAGUCAUCCGGUCGUACUAUACCUCAGCGGUCUCAGUGUCUUUAAUCAUCGGUACUUUGAGGGGGCAAAUGGUGUAGGUGAACAACGACGGG